AUGGGAAAUAGUGUUCCAACAAAUAUUCCCAGCGAAAAUAUCGUCGGAUAUCAAGUCAUAUCUGUUGCUCCUCAUUCUCCUGCCGAAAAGGCUGGAUUGUGUCCAUAUUUCGAUUUCAUUCUCUCCAUGGAUGAUAUUGAUCUUUCCAUCGAAGAUCGGCAGUUUUUUCUCACCUACAUUUCUAGAAGUUUAAAUCAACCUUUGAAAAUGACUGUGUUCAGUUUAAAAACUAUGAAGCAACGUCUUGUAACAGUAGUUCCAAGACAUGAUUGGAAUGUUACAAAUUUUAAUGAUGGUGAACAAAACAACAAUGAAAUAUCACCUCACUCGGAAGCGAAAAAGGAUGGUUCUGGAUCACAAAUACAAAAUAAUACUAGUAAUAGUAGUAGCAAUAAUAUUACAAAUAAGAGUAGUAUGUGCUUAGGUUGCUCGAUUAGAUAUGAAUCUGUGAAGAAUGCACUGAAUUGUGUGUGGCACGUCAUCGGAGUGCAACCAAAUUCACCAGCAGAGAGAGCUUCUAUUCAUGGAGAUGGGUCUGACUACAUUGUUGGUUUUGAUAACCGAUUAUUUUCGGAACCUAAUGAGCUCACUGAGCUUUUGAGCUAUUAUCAAGGAUCAGUAUCCUCUCCAUCAAUUUAUUUAUCGCUUUAUGUUUAUAAUUGGAGAUUGGAUUCGUUUAGACAUGUGGUUGUAAAUAUGAGUGAAAAAGGACAUUUGGGAAUUGAGUUAGGAACUGGGUAUCUUCAUAUUAUUCCACCACCCUUGUCAACGAGUACAGUCACAUCCUUUCAACAUUUUCCAAUUGAAUCAAAACAACAGGAUAGCUCAACAUUACCGCUCUCGACAACAACAACUGAAAGUAUUCCCUCUUCAUCUAAUGAGCCAAACUUUGUUCUCAGGGAAGAAGAAGAUUAUGUUGUGGUUCAGCAACAUCCUUCUACUGAUUCCUCUUUACAAACGUUAUCCAAUCCAUUACCAGUUCAACAACACUCCAUCACCGAAGCAACAACAAAUAACUCCAAUGUAGUUCCCAUCGUUCAUGCCACUUCAACAACAAUAACGGAACAGAACAACUCAAGCCCGAUACUCUAUCAAUCCUCAACCACCACCUCCUCUCUUCCAAAACACUCCUCAACAACAACGAGCAGCAAUCUCACAGCAUUUUCUCUUCCUUCCUCCACAACUCACCAAGCUCAACCACAACAACUUUAUUCAAUUUCGGAAGAAAAGAACUCAGCUACGAGGAGAGUCGAAACUUUGGAUAUUAACAUUUCCUCUUACAACCCUUUUGCUCCUGUUCAUAAUGGCACUGCCAAUGAAGAAUUAUCUCUAGGAGAUAUUAUUGGAGAGCAAGAAGAAUAA